GUAGACAUUGUGAACAUAGUUGUGAUCAAGGUGAUUGUGAUGAUUUAUUUCCACUUUUUUUCACCAGCAUUAUUGUUUGGGCACAUGAUGUCAUGUCAUCUGAUGCAAACGACAUUAAUGAUCACUUCCAGUUAUUGGGUACAGUUGAAGCAUUGGCUACCACAUUCAAGUGGCCCAGCUCGAGAUGAAUCUCCGAACUCCGCUUACGACCGCGGCAGUUCUCAUUUCGAGAUUGGAAGUCCAAGCCGCCGCCGCGAAGACUCCCUUUCUGCAUCAUCCCGCUCCGCCGCUAGCGACAGCGGUAGUUCUUAUUUUGAGAUUGGAAGUCCAAGCCGCCGCCGCGGAGACUUCCUUUCUGCGUCAUCGUACUACUCUGCCAGUGGUUCCUCGUUACAGGACAUUGUGGACGACCACAAUGAAGUCCCGGCCCGUUCCUGAGCCUCCCAUCCCAUCAUCAGGGUCCCGAGGUGUCGGAAGAUUUCCACCACACAUCAUUCGAAUUUGUUCAGCAACUGUCAAUUCAAUCUUAUCUAACCUUGCCUUCAUGACUUCGUUCUCCGCUCUCAACCGCAGAGUGGAGCUCUCGAGCUUCACAUUUGGUUCAGUCACGAGGUGCCUGACCAAUGUAGAGUGCCCCAUAUGCCUCACGGAGUUUGAGGCGCACGAGUGGCUACGACGCCUUUCGUGGUGCCUACAUGCAUUCCACGCGGCUUGUAUUGACCGGUGGCUCGAUGGGAACGAGACCUGCCCGGUCUGCCGCUAUCCUCUGUUUCCUACAGAGGCCCAGCUCGAGAUGAAUCUCCGAACCGCUGCUUACGACCGCGGCAAAUCUCAUUUCGAGAUUGGAAGUCCAAGCCGCCGCCGCGAAGACUCCCUUUCUGCAUCAUCCCACUCCGCCGCUAGCGACUUCGGCAGUUCUCAUUUUGAGAUUGGAAGUCCAAGCCGCCGCCGCGGAGACUUCCUUUCUGUGUCAUCGUACUACUCUGCCAGUGCUUCCUUGUUACAGGACAUUGUGGAUGACCACAAUGAAGUCCCGGCCCAGUGAAGUGACGGCGUGGGUUCGACUGACGAAUUUGACCUCUAGAGGCUGAGAAGACUAGUAAUUAGCUUGGAUUAGUUUUGUUAUUUUGGUUUUUAUUUUUCGGUUACAGUUUGGUGCCAGCUGGCUUUCUGUUGAAAGGGACUUUGGCUAUUUACGGGGCUUGCACCCCUUUUGUAAUGUUCAGUUGGGGAAAACUUCACAACAAUGAAAUCAUCUUCUUCUUCCUUCUUAUCAAAUUUAUCAGAGGCUCACCUAUGGACGAUUUCCGAGUUGCUCGGAUAGUAUUAAAUGUAUAUGUUGUUU